CUGGAGAUUGAUGCCUCUGCUAGCGCUUUCCCACUCCGUUUUAACACACUCGGUUAAGUCCCGGGCGGAGACGUGCAUGUGCUCGGGCAGUAAGUGGACUGUAGACGCCAGAGUUAAAGACUUCAGGGACGCUCGACUCAGGACAGGAUAGAAGCAAACAGACAGCAUACGCCACAUUUUUUCGUGUUUUAUGCUCUUUAGUUCUUGAAAACAAGUGGAAUCGGAAACAGUGAACGACACAGACAUGUGUAACCGAGCAGGAAGACAUCGGGAGGAUCUGGGCCGGUGGGCUUAGGAGCUCUGCAUGUGCACAACCUAAAAUCCAGUGUUUUUUGCAUCUGAAAGCUUUUAGUUUGAGCUGAGCACAAUGGCAUCCAGUCUUACAUGUGCAGGUGUGGUAUGGGCCCUAUUGUCCUUCCUUUGUGCAGCCACAUCUUGCGUAGGCUUCUUCAUGCCAUACUGGCUACUUGGGUCACAGAUGGGUAAGCCAGUGUCAUUUGGAACAUUCCGGCGCUGUUCCUACCCCGUAAGGGAUGAAGCUCGUGGUGGGACGGUUAUGUUGGAGCAAUGUGGGCGCUAUGCCUCCUUCCAGGGCAUCCCGAGUCUGGAGUGGAGGAUCUGCACGGUGGUGACGGGGACAGGCUGCGGACUGCUGCUCCUGGUGGCUCUCACAGCAAUGAUGGGAUGCUGUGUUACGGAUCUAAUCUCUCGCACCAUUGGACGAGUGGCAGGAGGGAUACAGUUCGUGGGAGGGCUGCUGAUCGGAUCUGGAUGUGCCCUGUAUCCUUUAGGAUGGGACAGUGAAGAGGUCAGGCAGACUUGCAGCAACAGUUCUGACCAGUUCGAUCUUGGUUCUUGUGAGAUCGGAUGGGCUUAUUAUUGCACCGGGGCUGGGGCUGUGCUGGCCAUGCUGUUGUGCACGUGGAUGGCAUGUUUCGCAGGGAAGAAACAGAAACACUACCCUUACUAAACAUGAGGAAGACAAAACAACAGUAGAGGAAACUAUGAACACCACAUAUACGGGCAUGACUUUCAUUCUCCGAUUCAGAGAGCUUGUACAUCCAGUCCGCUUCCCUAACACUUAUCAUAUACAAGGAGACAUGACUGAACGGUGACCUUUCCACGGCAGUUCCCUCUUGAGAUUUUUUCUGUGACCGACCUUUGACCUGCAUUGGAAUCUUUUGCAUUUGAAAUGAUCAAAAAGAAAUGUCAAAUGACGUAUUGACUUUUGACCUUUUUAGUUGAAAAGGACUUACUGUAUUACUCUCAUUUAUCUGUUGUGUUUGUGUAAUAACAGUAUUCUUGGUGGCUUAAGUUGUUGCAUUUUAGUACAUUGUGAUAUUAUAAUAACCUACUCUAUAUAAUGCAUUCAAUCAUGUCCUGUUAUUGACUCAAAUGUCUCCGCUGCAACAAUAUACAUCUCAAACAGAC